CACACUGCAAAAUAAUACCGGUAAAAUACUCGUAUACAAACGGACAAGGUGUGUGCUGCGCGAACGCAUUUGCCGUUGACACCGUCGUCCGCCCUCGUUUCUCGCGCCGCUCCUUCACGAGUCGUCGUGCGCUUAAUUCGCGGAAAUAUUGUAUUAGUGGAUUUGAAUGACCAUGUGGACGGCCGUGACCUUGGUGACCUUUGCCCUGGCGCCGCUGUCGGUGGUGUCGCAGACGACCACCCUGGUCAGCGAGCCCCGGGACGUCUCGGCGGGCUUCAACGGGAUCGCCGUGGACGGCCCGUUCCUCAUCAACGUGGAGCUGACCGACGGGCCCGAGUCGCUCGUCUUAAAAGGCGACCCGGCCUUCGUGGCGGCCGUCAAGACGCCGGUGGAGAACGGGACCCUCAAGAUCCGCCUGUACAAGUGGCAGCCCAAGAAGGGCGCCGCGCCCCUGCAGGUCAGCAUCACCGCGCGCUCCUUGAUCAACCUGAUCGCCGCCGGCUCGGCGCAGGUGGCGUCGCGCAGCGUCCUGAAGGCGCAGACCAUGCGGGUGGUGGUCAGCGGGGCGGCGCAGGUCGUGGCCAACUACGAGUGCGCCAACCUGGUGGUGGUGGCCAGCCAGAGCGGGAGUAUGAUCGGCGCGGUGAGCACCAAGAACCUCAACGCCGUCCUGGACAACUUCGCCUCGGCGUCCAUCUCCGGGACGUCGGACAACUCCAAUAUUGUGGCCAGCGGGUCGGCCGUCUUCCACGGGUUCGACCUGUUGAGCGCGACGGUCAGCGCCACGGCCAACGGCGCCGGCCGCAUCGAGGUGGCGGCCACGCAGCAGAUCAAGGCCGUCGCCGCCGACGACGGGGUGGUGCGCACCAAGGGCACCGACGACGUCGUCAAGGACACCACCGACAACGGCUCCGUCGAGCCCAGCGCCUAACUGACCUUUCACUUCCGGUCCUAAUCCUUUACGCGUCUGUCUCUUCUACCUUUCCUAUUUUGUAUACAUAUGCAGUAUAUUACUGAACAGUGACCUUUGACUACAACUUACGUAACGACAUAGAGAAUGCUGGGUGUUGUGGCGUUGUUUUAUUGAGUGUAUCACAAAACGGAAUUAAAUGCUAUUCAAUUCAA